AUGCCUCCCCGUUCCUGCAAAGGAACACCACGCCGCAAACACAAGGCAAGGAGGCGGAUGCUCCGUACCCGAUCGCCCCCACUCCUCGAUCUACCGGUGGAGGUGAUACUCCUGGUCUUUGAGCACCUGCCGGACUUGAAAAGCCUCUCCUCAGUUGCUGAAGCCUGCCGGGCGAUGCACAAUGUGUUUCGCAGGCACAGCGAGGUCCUCAUCACGCGUAUACUCUCAAAGAGCUGUGGUGGCGUAUGGAACAGCCCCAAUCCAUACGCAGAUAUCUGCCAGAUCACCGCAGAUCUGGAAUUUGCAGUGCAUCGUCAAUUCUUGCUACAAUCACACGUCGAAGACGCCUUCGCGGUUGCCUGGCGUCUCUUUACCGCGAUGGAACUGGAAGAAAUCCUCUACCCGAUUGCUCGGGAGCUUGCCUGGGGCUACCACCUCGACGGCCGGACCCAGGACGCCAUCAGGUUCCUGAAGGCAAUUCAUCACCACCAGAAACCGUAUAUGCUCCCCUCUUGCCGGAGCAUCUCGCCCGCUUUGCUGCCUGUGGCAAGGUUGCUGCAUUACUUCCUUGAUGAUGCCAACGACACGGCACAAUGCGAAUUAGUUGCCAAAGAGAUCAAACAUCUUGCCGAGCUCAAGAACCGCUACACUACAUUCCUCUGGCUUACCAACCUCACAUCUGAGCAGAGCAGGAACUGUGUGUUCACGCUUUUCUUCCCGCCACAGCCGCCUUUUGUUUUGCAUUCAGAGCCUCUGAUGCACGUUUAG